AUGCCAAUCAAUUACGAAUCGGCGACGCCGCCGCCGCGGAUUGGGAAGAUCGGGCCGUACACCGUAUUUUUUACGCCACCGGCGACGCCAAAUUCCGGCCGAGGACCAGAAUCUCCCGGUGUAAUUUCUCCGGUUCAAGUUCCGGUCGAGAAACCCUCCCCUCCCCCGGUGAUGGCUCCGCCUGCGCAGUUCUUCAAAGAAAAGCCUCCAUCACUUGGUUUCUUCAGGGACACGGUGGCCAAAAUUCAAAAUGCGCAUGCGAGUUUGGAUGAGCAUGUAGCUCGUUGGUUUGGUUUGGAUCAAUCCAAGUACCAGUGGGCAUUGAACGAUUACUAUGAAUGCAACGAGAAGAAUCCGGAAGCAAAACCACAAAUCACACCCGGUAGAGUGCCGAAUGUAUGAAAAUGGUACUUAGUUCCUAAAUCUGGAAUACCAAACAACAGUUUCAAGUGGCUGAUGUUUAUGCAUGGAAACUUCACCCUAUUAAUGCCCUGUAAUAUUAUGUGAUUUUAUUGCCUAUAUUAGAUGCUUACAGACUUUCAAACUAUUCGAAUAACCUAAAUGCCUACUCCAAAUCCAAUGACAAGUUAAAUUCCAUUUACAUACAUUGUCAA